AUGGGGGCUAUGGCUAUAGAUGAUUCAAUUAACCAAGAUGACAUCCAAAGCAUCGAUUCCCUCCUCCUUGACCUAUCGAUGCUACGGGCUGCAACAGAUAACUUCGCUGAAAGAAACAAGCUUGGGGAAGGAGGGUUCGGGGCGGUUUACAAGGGAGUCCUUCAUGAAGGUGAAGAAAUAGCAGUGAAGAGGCUCUCACAGAGCUCCACGCAAGGAAUAGAAGAGCUGAAAACGGAGUUGGUUCUACUCGCUAAGCUUCAGCACAGGAAUCUUGUCAGGCUGGUUGGCGUUUGCUUGGAAGAACCGGAGAAGCUACUCGUCUAUGAAUACAUGCCGAAUGGGAGCCUGGACACCCUUCUCUUUGAUGAUGAGAAACGCAGAGACCUGGACUUGGGGAAGAGGCUGAAGAUCGUGAACGGGAUCGCUCGAGGCUUGCAGUACCUCCACGAAGACUCCCAGCCGAGGAUCGUGCACCGGGACCUCAAGGCCAGCAAUGUGCUCCUGGACUCGGACUGCAAUCCUAAGAUUUCGGACUUCGGAUUGGCGAAACUGUUCGGUUGGGAUCAGUCGCAGGCCAUCACUAGCCACAUCGCCGGAACAUACGGAUACAUGUCACCGGAGUACGCGAUGCGCGGGCAGUAUUCCGUCAAGUCGGACGCAUUCAGCUUCGGCGUUCUGGUCCUGGAGAUCGUCACGGGAAGGAAGAGCAACAGCUUCGUUAACUCGGAGCAAUCCAUUGACCUCCUGAGCCUCGUAUGGGAGCACUGGACUUCUAGCACAGUCGAGAAGCUGGUGGAUCCGUCCAUGCGCGGCCCUUCUCCGGGAGGCCAGAUGCUGAAGCUGGUCAACAUCGGGCUGCUCUGCGUCCAAGACAACCCCGCGGAUCGGCCAACCAUGUCGGCAGUGCACGUCAUGCUCAGCAGCAACACAACGUCGUCUAUGCAGGCGCCGUCGAGGCCAACGUUCUGCAUCGAUGCCAUGGAGGGUUACUCGUCACAGUUCCGGUUCACUGGGGAUAGCAGGCCAAAGGCGAUGUCGCCCAACGACUUGUCCCUCACAGAGCUCGAACCAAGAUGAUGAGGGCGUUCAACCUGAAUUCUUGGUGUCCAUCGCAUAGUCUUGAUUGCAACUAAAUCUCCAGAAUCAUUAUUUAUCUACUAGCAAAAAAUGUCCGUGCAUUAAAACGGGAGAAGAAUUUACCGCAU